UUGGUUUUCUUAUUUCCCAUUUCCCAAACAAUACCCAAAAAUUCUUCAAUCUUCUCUAUCCAAAAGCAAAAAAAAAAAAUGGGUGGCCGUUAAAACAGCUAUUGUAUCACUGCGAUACCCCGCCCGCAUUUUCCCGCCAUCACUUGUUCACGUCUCCAAAUGGCUUGCCUAUUGCUCUCAAUCUCGAGCUGUUACUGUCUUCGCCUUUCACAACUUGUUUUUAGUGGCCAAAGACCAAUUACACGUCAAAAUACUUUCAAUUUUAGUAAAAUUAUCAUACACCCAAGCAUUAAUCAAUGUCGUCCAUUUUAUAGAGGAGCAAGAUUCAUCUUGCUCUCAAAUGCCCAAAGCAAUGGAGAAUACGGCGGCUCUGAGCAGUUAAUUGAAGAUCUUAGGGUUCCCCAACAAUGGCUUGAACCGUCCAAAGCCCUCGAGGAAUCUGAAUGGUUGAGAACUGCUCUUAACAAGUGGUUGGAUGAUGAAUAUUGUCCAGAGGAAACAAAUGUUGAGAUUAGCGAAGUUGCUGCAAAUUCAUUCUACAGAUCAUUGUUAGAGAAUAAAACUGACAUAGGUGAGAUACUGUUAAAGAUGGCUGGAGACUUGGAAUCCAUAUCCUAUCAAGAAAGCUUUCAUGGAGCAUUCUCAUCAGCAAAUGCAGCAGUGAGUCUCAUAAUCCAACGGCUUGAACAAAACUAAUCGUUUUGCCUCAGUAAAAAGUUUGACUCUUACCUUCCUACCAAACACGCCUUAAAUUUUUUCCUUUGACUUGCAUUUUAGAAUUAUCCUUAGUAUAUUAAGAUUAAGAGAAACAUGCCUACACCAAUAAGGUUAGAAAGGCCAUUUAUCGUAAAGAAAAAAAGGUUAGAAAGGCCUAUGGCUUAAUAACUUCAGUUAGUCAGCUUUUAUUGUGGUAUAUGGAGUUGCUGGAGAAAUAUGUAUUUGCCAGAUACCUCCAAUUUGCAGUUGAAUUUUAGAAUGUACAUAUGAAACAAUGGUCUAUGUGACUAUGUUAAGUUGCGCUGGUCAUCUCAAGACCAAUUUCUUUA